AGUUUCGAAACAUUUUAAACCGCUUUAAAAAAUAUUUUAUUUAAGUAUUAAGUAUUUUUGUGUGUUUGUUAAAAUGCAAAGGCCACCAAUUUACCAACGUAGUGCUUUAUUUUAUGUUCUUGCUGCAAGAUUACUAGAAAAUGAGGGAAUUGAACGUGAAACUAGAGAAAUUAGACGCAGAGCUAAACUUAGAAAAACAGAAAAUCCUCUUGAUGUAAAUGACGCUGAAUUUAAAAAUAGAUAUCGCUUAAGCAAAGAAGCUUUCAUAUUUCUCUGUGAGCAACUCCGUCAAAAAACAUUUUUAAAAUCGACUUCCAGAGUUACUCUAGAGCUUAAGGUUCUUUGCGCGCUAUCUUUUUACGCCACUGGAUCAUACCAGCGGAUAGUGGGAAUGGCAAAGUAUUUAGGCCAAACGACAGUCAGUAAAUGUGUCAAGGAGGUAACUGAUGCACUUAUCACACCCGAAAUAUUAGGUAAUUUUAUUAAAUUUCCAAAUACCAGAGCUGAGAGAGAUAUAAUAAAAAACAAAUUUUAUGCUAAGUAUGGUUUCCCUGGAGUGAUAGGGUGUAUUGAUGGAAGUCAUUUCCAUAUCUUCACACCCAAUAAAGAAAUAGAACAUUUAUUUUACUGUAGAAAGCAUUUCCAUUCACUGAAUGUUCAAAUGAUAUGUGACAGUGAUUGCCAAAUUUUAAAUGUGAACGCAAAAUAUGGAGGAGCCACCCAUGAUGCUUUUAUAUUUGAAAAUAGUUUAGCAAGUAACUUUAUGAAGGAGUUACAUCGAAAUAAUGAGCAAGUAUGGUUAUUAGGAGAUUCUGGCUAUCCACAACGACCCUGGUUAAUGACACCAAUUCUAGAUGAUGCCACAGCCCAGAAGUAUACAGCUGUUCAUGGAAAGGCCAGGGUGUCAAUAGAAAAUACUUUUGGGCGAUAAAAAAAUCGAUGGCGUUGUUUAUGCAAAGAUCGCACACUCCAUUAUGCACCAGAAAAAUGUGCAAAAAUAAUAACAGCUUGCUGUGUGCUGCACAACUUAGCCAUCACAUUCAAUGUUCCUGAACCAGAACCCGAAAACCCUAACAUGCCAGAAGCUGAACACCACUCAUUUACUCAAUAUAUUUUUCAAGAAAAUAACACAGGAGAUGACCUACUUAGGGGAACAGCGAUAAGACGUUUGUUGGUAGAGACUAUUAAUAGACUUCAUACAUAA